AUGUUAAUAUAGAGGACUCGUUAGAGUUUACUGCACGUCCGAAGGACUUGCCGGAGUACCCAAUUGAUGUUUUUAUGAUGUAUAAGGGAGUAGAAAACGGUACACUGACCCAUCAUUGGGUUGGAGGGCUCAGCCCGGAUGGCACCAAAUACAAGUACACCUACCCUAUCUACGGCCCCUGGUGUGCUGCAGACCUUAACGGUCAUAUUUUCUGGGUCUCCUGCACUCCGCUGGAAAAACUUGUGGCAGAAUACGGAGAGUUUUGGUAUUUGGACCGCCAUUCGUCUAAAUUCGAGUGGAAUUCCUCGCACAAUAAUGUGAAAGAGAAUGGGAAAUUUAAAAAGGAACAGAUGAAGACGGUUUAUAAAAUGUUUGAGAAUAAUUUAUAG